AUGCACAUCCCAGAUUCGAUCAAGAAUUGUACUGACAUAUUGGAUGCACUGGAGGCGCAGUGUGCAGUUGAAUUGGAACGUCGUAGUCUGCCAUCGGGAAUACAAAAGAGUAUGAUUGUCAAGCUCGCUGUUCCAAAACCCGACGAACCCAAAAUUGAAACUAAAUACAUAUCUACGAAUGAGGAAAUGGAUUGGCAACCUAGUGGUCGCGAUGAAAAUUUCUACAGGAGUAAUGAUAGAAGUAUUAAGAUAAAAAUUCCUAAUCUCGGUAUCAACAACGACGGUGCUGAGGAUAAAUUGCACACUGCUGCAGAACCCCAUAAACAUCAGUCGAGGAAAAAUAAUAACAGUCGGGGCAGAGUUAAGAAGUCCACGCCGAAGUCCACGCCCAGGUCGAACACAAGAAAUGUGUGGCGUAAGGAUGCAAUCAAACCACCUUCAGACAAAGACCACACCUACGUCCACGUACCGGUUGUGCUCGAACACGCCGACACGGACGAUGAUGACGAUUACAACAGCUUUGCUGUCACCGAUUCUACGAGAGCUGCUUCUGCGCUGGAUAUGGAUGAUAACGACGGGGCUAAAAGCGUUGAUCUCACAUUGGACGUUUGCGAUGAUGAUUUGGCUGUGAACGUGCCUGCAGAGAUUCUUCGCGAUUCAGUUGACGGUCCUACUGCGAGCAUGGAAGAGUCUGAAGAUGAUUUUGUGGUCGCUACCGAGCAAGCAAGCAGGGAAAAGAGGAAGCAUAAUUCGCGAAGAAAGAGACACAAAAGUAGAACCAGUUCGGACGAUGAUUACCUGCCAAACACUGAUAGGCGACGCCAUGGUGGAAGCUCUCACAGCGGCAAAUUCUUAAAGCAGUCUUGGACGCAUCAAUCUGUUCCAGAGGGCCUAAUAUCACAGCCGUCAAUUUCGCGCCGAUCCGUGCCCGAUUUGAGCGCUAAGAAGCGACUAGCGAAAAAGAUGAAGGAUAUGCUCAAUAGAAAGAAAUCAAGGUUCAGGUGA